AUGAGUACGGGCACACACGUCACCUUGCCCGGUGGAUAUCUGAAGGUUCAUGCAGAUUUCAACGGAGAUUUUGGUGGCGGCCUCGCGCGUCGCGUGAACACGUUCCUCUACCUGAAUCCGGACUGGUCGGACGCCUACCAGGGCCACCUGCAGCUCUGGAGCCGCAACAUGAGCACCUGCGCGCGGGAGAUCAGCCCUAUUAUGAACCGGUUCGUGGCCUUCAAGACCGACGAUUUUAGCUAUCACGGUCAUCCCGUGCCACUGCUUGCCCCAGAAGGGCGCGCGCGACGAUCUAUUGCGGCCUACUUCUACACGAAGGGAUAUCGCGAUGCGCGGGAGUGCCUCCAUCCGAUGUGCUACGCCGGUGAUUGGAGGCGAUGCACCUGUAAAUGGCAUAACACACUGUGGCAUGACUCUCCCUGCCUCGCGUGUACCCACCACAUUAUGAAGAAGCAAUUCGGUAACGGCGCAUGUGGCGUCCGGAUGAAGCGUCGCCUCAAGAGCCUCGGGCCUUCCAGUCAUCAGGGCGCGAUGCACCAUGCGCUCGCUCGUUUCCACAGCGAGCACGUUGGUAACUGA